AUUCUUCUUCGCUGGCAAUGGUAUAAUUUGUUUGUAAACACCUGACAUGCGUCUGCUGUUUUUGAAAUGUAUUGACAUCCUAUCAUGAUCACUUUCUUUUCUAUAAGGACAAUAAAUACGAAGUGUUUUACAUAUAAUCUCAUUUGACAUUUUUAGAUAUGCCAAAAUUGCCACCAUUACCAUUUUUCAUUUUGCACGGUCACGAAGGUAAUAUAACUGCUUUGGAGUUUAACAAUGAAACUGACGAUACUAUAGAUAUUAAACCAACUUUAUUAUCUGGGAGUGAUGCCGGGGAAAUAUUUAUUUGGAAUCUCCAGAGUUUUCGAACCCUUUUCAAAUUUAUCAGUCCUAUGAAGAAACCAAUAAUGUUCUUGAAGUAUUACAAAUCUAAGCUCUUCAUCCAAAGUAAAGAUGGCGUCAUAAAUGUUUGGAGCUAUGACAAUUUUAACUGGACUGUGAUACGAAAUUUUGAGUCAGAUUCCGUUGCAUUUUGUGCUUCAGUUUUUUGGCUCUCUGAUAAUAAAGCAUUCAUAACUUUAUAUAAUCAAGAUGAACAUUUGCUAGACAUUUACAAUUUAGAAGAAGAAAGAAAAUCAAAACAAUUAAAAAUGGAUGCAUCGAAAGGUUUAUGUAUGUGCUUAAAAGUCAUAAAAUUACAUGGCAAACAAUUCUUUUUAGCCGGUUUUGAAAAUGGUGCCAUUGAGCUUAGAGAUGGUGAAGACGGUAAUGAAGUUCAUUCCAUGAAUUUUCACGAAGGACUUGUAACUUGCCUGGAUUACGACUUAGAAUUAAAAAAUAGAGGAAUAAGUGGUGGUGCUGAUAAGUUUCUACAGACAUGGUCAAUCAGUGAUAAUUUUCAAAUAGAAAAUGUAUGCCAAUUGGCUUUAACUGAACCAGGUGUCAGUGAUGUAAAGAUAAGGCAUGAUGGAAAAAUAGUAAUUGCAGCCGGAUGGGAUUUCAGCAUAAAAAUCUUUAGUUGGAAAACUUUAAAGCCUUUAGCUAUUCUAAAUUUUCAUGAACAAACAAUCCACAGUUUAGCAUGCUCUCCUUUUCCCAUAGAUAAGAAAAAUUCAGUUUUUGCAUCCGGUUCAAAAGAUAAAAAUAUUGCUCUAUGGACUAUAUAUUGAUGUUCUACAUAAAUAAAAAAUUAUAUCAUGAAAUAAUUCAUUUACAUAGACUAGUAAUAAAUAAUUUGAUUUUAUUCUAGAGCAGCAGUUCCCAAAUGGUGUCUCACGGAACAGUUAAAGAGGUUGUGAGAGUUUGCACUUAUUUAAUAUUAUCCAUUAUUAUUUAGUAUUAACCAUUAUUUAAUAUUUUGUCGAUUUUAUUAAAUUUUAAAGUUAAAUACCAAUUAAAAUGAAACUGCAUUUUUUUUAAAAUAUAAUUUUUAUAAUAACAAUAUAUUGAAUAAAAUAUGAAUAGGUAAAAUUUGCUUUAAAAAAUUGUUUUAGUAUUUUAUAUCACCGUUUUCAAAUCAAUGUUAAAUAACUAAAUAUGCUAAUAAAGAAAGAUAUUUCCCUAAUAAAAAAAUUUAAAUGUCUGU